GAGUUCGCGCAAAAUGUUAUAGUGUUGUCUGUGAAAAUUCACGAAAAAAUAUGAUAAAGGCUAAAGGUCUAAAAAAGUCUCUUAUCAAGAAAGAGCUUAAUCAUAAAAUAUUCGAGGACUGUAUUUUAGAAGGAAAAGAGGAUCAGCCACGAACUGCACAAUUCUUCCGAAGUUACAGAUAUCGAAUGUAUAGAAUAAAGCAAACAAAGAGAAACAUUAACCCAUUAGAUAUGAAAUUGUAG